UAUUGAACUUGCUUAGAACUAAAACAUUUUUCAGGAGCUCUUCCACCGUCAUCAUAUUGGGCAAACUACCUAACUCUAUGGCGGCGGCGGCAGAGCCGCUUCUUUCUGUGUUUUCUAAACACCAAUCUCGCCGAGGCAAUAAGAAGAAGAGGAAGUAUUCAGGCUUCCGCAUCUUCCACUUUCCUCAAAGGAACCAACUUCUUACUUCCUUGACUUCCGGCUAUUGGAGAAGUGCCGGAAUCCCCUUUGCCUCGUUGCUUUGUGAAGAGCGUACGAGAAACCUUGACUCUGAAAUCCAGGAACUGUGUCUAAAGGGUAAUAUUGAAGAAACUUUGAUGUUAAUUUCUAACCUCAAUUGCGAGGAAUUUGCGUGCCUGGACUCCGAAACUUACUGCGAUGUUCUUCAGCUUUGUUCUGAUCUUGGAUCACUGCGCCAUGGGAAAAAACUCCAUUCCCUCAUUUCCACAUCUGGAAUCUAUAUCGAUUCCAACUUGGGCUCCAAAUUGGUUUCAAUGUACGUUAACUUGGGGGAUUUGAGAGAAGGAAGAAGGAUUUUAGAUAAAUUGACUUUCAAAGAGGAUCCUUUUCCAUGGAAUUUGUUGAUGAGUAAGUACGCCAAGGUCGGAAAGUACAUGGAAGGCGCCAUUCUUUUCCGAAAUAUGUGGGAGAAUGGAACCAAUCCCAACUCUUGCACCUUCUCCUGUGUCCUGAAGUGCUUCACAGCUUUGGACCAUCUAAGCCAUGGGAUGGCAGUUCACGGUUAUCUCAUAAAACUUGAUAUUUUUUAUAGUGGAAGCGCAGUUGGAAACGCCUUGAUAUCUCUGUACUCAAAAUGUAGCAGUAUCAGUGUUGCAAUAAAAGUGUUUGAUGUAAUGUCUGUUAAGGAUAUUAUAUCCUGGAAUUCAAUAAUCCAUGGUUGUGUUUCUAGUGAUAUUUUAGACAAAGGGGUUAGAUUGUUCAGGGAAAUGUUAUUCUCUGGAAUGGAUAUAGAUCUAGCAACUUUGGUUAGUGUUCUACCUGCCUUCCCAAAAAUGGGUGCUCUUUCUCAAGGCCGAGCGCUCCAUGGAUAUUCAAUAAAAGCAGGUUUCGUACAGGAGGUGACACUGAGCAACUCUUUACUUGAUAUGUACUCUAAAUGUUUGGCUGUUGAGAAUGCUGUUCAAAUUUUUGAGAAGAUGAGUGAGAGAACCAUCGUGUCAUGGACAUCAAUGAUAUCAGGGUAUACCCUCAAUGGACAUUAUGAAGAAGCAAUUUUCUUAUUUAAAAAAAUGGAAGAUGAAAAUUUGGAACCUGAUCUACAUUUUAUAACUACUGCUCUUCAUGCCUGUGCCUGCAGUGGAUCGUUAAACAAAGGUAAGCAUAUACAUGACUAUGUGGUCAGGAAUAGAUUGGAUUCUCAUGCCUUUGUUGCCAAUGCACUUAUGGACAUGUAUGCUAAGUGUGGUGAUAUGGAAAAUGCUAGAAUUGUUUUUGAUCAUACUCCAAAAAAGGAUACGAUCUCAUGGAACACGUUGAUAGGAGGCUAUUCAAAGAACUCUCUUCCCAAUGAAGCUCUUCAUUUGUUUGUAACAAUGCUGCUGUGCAUGAAACCUAAUUCCACAACAAUGGCCUGCAUACUUCGUGCCUCUGCCAGCCUUUCUUCACUUGAGAAAGGAAGAGAAAUGCAUGCCCACAUACUCAGGGCUGGGAUGCAAGAAUGCAGCUUUGUCGCUAAUGCUCUUGUGGACAUGUAUGUGAAAUGCGGUGCUUUACUACUGGCUCGUCAGCUUUUUGAUCUGAUGCAAUUUAGAGACCUCAUCACAUGGACUGUGAUGAUUGCCGGUUAUGGCAUGCAUGGCCAUGGCAGAGAAGCUCUUCAAAUAUUCAAGCAAAUGAGACUUAAACGAAUAAAGCCUGAUGGUGUUUCGUUCAUCGCCAUCUUAUAUGCUUGUAGCCAUUCUGGACUGAUAGAUGAAGGAUGGAGAUUCUUCAAUGCAAUGAAAAAUGAAUACAAAAUUGAACCUGCAAUAGAGCACUAUGCAUGUAUGGUUGAUUUGCUUAGCAGAUCUGGGAGAUUAAGUAAAGCGUACAUGUUCAUCAAAUCAAUGCCAAUGGAGCCGGAUGCCACAGUUUGGGGAGCUUUGCUUUGUGGUUGCAGAAUACACAGGGAUGUGAAUCUCGCUGAGAAAGUUGCAGAAAAUGUUUUUGAAUUAGAACCAGAGAAUACAGGAUAUUACAUUCUGCUUGCGAAUAUAUAUGCAGAGGCUGAGAAAUGGGAUGCUGUGAAGAAGCUGAGGGAAAGGAUCAGAAGUAAAGCAUUGAGAAAGAACCCAGGCUGUAGUUGGAUAGAAGUGAAGGGUAAAGCUUACAUCUUUGUUACGGGCGAUAAAUCAAACUAUCAAUCAAAGAAGAUACAGGUUUUUCUUGAUGAUAUGAGAAGAAAAAUGAAGGAAGAUGGCAUUGCUCCGAAAAGGAGAUAUGCCUUGAUCAAUGCAGAUGAUGAUGUUAAGGAAGAGGCUCUUUGUGGACAUAGUGAGAAGCUGGCAAUUGCUUUUGGAAUAUUGAACACAGUAAAAGGAAAGCCUAUUCGUGUAACUAAGAAUUUGAGAGUAUGUGGAGAUUGUCAUGAGGUUGCGAAGUUCAUCUCGUACAUGACAGGAAGAGAGAUUAUCUUGAGGGACAACAAUCGGUUUCACCAUUUUCGAGAAGGACGGUGCUCUUGUAGAGGUUUUUGGUAAAACAAGAGCAUAUAUAAUUCUUUUCCAACUGAUUAAAAAAAAGUACUUUUAGCGGAUGCCUGUGAAAUUUUGAGUAAUUCUCAAGCACUGAGAAAAUGUUUUUAUUAAAAAAUGUUAUUUCUAU